UUAGUCACACCUCACAAGUGAUAUCUUGUCUCUCCUUUUUUACUCAAAUAUUGGGUUUGCUUUAUCAACUCUGAUCUUGUUCAUUUCUCUUUGAACCCUUCCCUCAUACACUUCUUUUAAUUUGGUGAUCUUGUUCAGGCUCCACCUUAUAAGAACUUUUAGCCAUCUUUAGUCCUUGUUUUGCUCUCUCUCUCUCUCUCUCUCUCUCUCUCUCUAACAGCCUAUCCAUCUACCAAGUAACUGUUUUCUCCUCCCACUUUUUCAAUCAUGGCUGAUCCCUAUUCCAAUUACUUCAAUGGGUGGUAUAACUUCAAGCUCCACCACAAUUUAUCAGCCUCAGCGUCUUCUUCCAAUCCAUCACUAUAUGCAUCCUAUGGAUGCAAUACGUACUCAGAUAAUAAUACUAUCCACAACAGCUCUUUCAUUCAGUUCUGUCAGUCCUCAUCACCUCCCUCUCCUCCUCUAAGAGAAGCUCUUCCACUUCUUAGUUUAAGUCCAACGAGGCAUGAACAUCAACAGGAGUCCUCAUGCAGUGCCAUGGAAGUGGACAAGAACAAGGAAAGAGAAGAAAGCCUAUGUGAUGGUGAAACUGUGACUGUAGCUCUACAUUUAGGGCUACCUAGUCCUUGUUCUGCUGAUCUGGUCUCAAGGCUGUCUUCCUCUGAGAUCUCAUCAGACAAAGAAGACGUAACUGCUGCUUCUGGUUAUCAAACAAGCAGUACUCUUAACAAGGGUCAGUAUUGGAUCCCCACACCUUCUCAGAUUCUGAUUGGUCCUACUCAGUUUUCAUGUCCACUAUGCUUCAAGACCUUCAACAGAUACAACAACAUGCAGAUGCAUAUGUGGGGGCAUGGAUCUCAGUAUAGGAAAGGGCCAGAAUCUCUAAGAGGUACACAGCCAACAGCAAUGCUUAGGCUCCCUUGUUAUUGCUGUGCACCGGGGUGCAGAAACAACAUUGAUCAUCCAAGAGCAAAGCCGCUCAAGGAUUUUAGAACGCUUCAAACUCAUUACAAGAGAAAGCAUGGAAUCAAGCCUUUCAUGUGCAGAAAAUGUGGCAAGGCAUUUGCUGUGAGAGGUGAUUGGAGAACUCAUGAGAAGAAUUGUGGCAAGCUUUGGUAUUGCACUUGUGGAUCUGAUUUCAAGCACAAAAGGUCCCUCAAAGAUCACAUCAAGUCAUUUGGGCAUGGCCAUUCAGCAAAUGGCAUUGAUUUCUUCGAAGAAGAUGAUGAGCCAGCCUCUGAAAUUGAGCAAGACAAUGAUUCCACUCAGCGAAACUAAAGGCUAAUAGCUGUUGGAAACAAGAUCAUGUUAAUUCUCAGUUGAUACCUCUUGUGUUUUCACACAAAACCAUUGCUCUUUAGAUCAGCAAGAAGCCUAUUUAAGCAUUAGAGUUACUUUAAAUCCCAUGCUCUCUCUCUUUCUUUUUUCUUUUUAUGUGUUUCUGCUACUCCCUUUCUCACUUUAGUAGCUGCUUAGUUUAGCAGACUCCUCAUUAAUUGAUCAAUGUUAGACUAAGUUUCUGCAA